AUGGUAUUCUCCAUCUUCAGCGUCGGGAGAGAGAUCAAAGACUACUUCCACCAAGAACCUAGCCUCAGCAGCCAAACGAUAGCAAGACGAGACCUGGGUUCCUGGGGCCAAGCCAUCGACGCAAUUGUAACCCCAGACACCGUCGAAGCCAUCGGCAACGACCCAAGGCUAAGAAGGACAUUAAUGUCCAUGGUCGAUUAUACUUUUGAUCUCACAGACCAACUAGCCACCCGCUAUGAGUCACCUGAACUCCAGGAGACAAGGGAAGCAUUGCAAGAGUACAAGAAGCACAUCAGGAGGAGCCUCGAAGGGUUGAAAGAUGACGAAAAAAGCUCGAGUCAACUCCACAAACGACAGCUUCCAAGUCUCGGAGAACUCUUUGGAGCGGCAGUCUCUGGAGGUAGCGCCGAUGGUGGUAGUGGAGGAGGAGGCGGUGGACUUCCUAGCCCGUUCAACCUUCCACUCCCCGGGGCACCAGGAGGUUCUCCAGGCGGCGCCCCCGGAGGCGGCACCGGCCCCCUCGGCCUCCCUGGUCUCCCAACUCCAGGUGGCGGCGGUGCCGAUGGAGGUGGGAUGUCAGCCGGUAUACUCAGUGGCCUCCUCCAACCCCUGAAAGACGGGCUCAGCAACGUCGGAAAUCAACUUGUCGCCAACCUCAACGGUCCAGGCAUGUUCCUCGGCAUUGGUGUCGGAGCCGGAGCGGCUCAGGGGCUCAACCUGUCCACACAAGCAAAGACGAUGGAAGUGGCAGCAAAGGUUGCGGCAGACAACAGGAUGGAAGCCACUGGUCUUAACCCAGCCAUCCAGAACCUAGGCGUGGGUCUUACUUCCACCCUCAUCGGCGCCAUUGACUUCAACAGCCUAGGCGGCAACCUCACAAACCAGCUACAGCCCAUCGCCCUGUCUCUCGCAACAGGUCUCGGAAACGGCACUGUCGCAGGCCUGAAGCUCAACGCCAACGCCGCGAACCUCGAGCCCGUAAACGACUCGUCCAUCCCAAACGUCAUUGGCACCUUUGGAUUCGGUCUGACGAAGACCGUGACGGCUAACCUCGACAUCAACCAGCUCUUCAACUCGGCCAAUAACCCCAACACAACCAAACAAAUCAUGCGUAUCCUCCCGGCCGCGGCUUCGGGCUUUGGAAAAGGCCUGGGUCAGGGAGCGACGGUCGGAUUGGGGCUACAGCCCGACUCCGCGGUACCGAUGCAGCAGAUGCCCGACGACCAGAUCGACUUUGGCGGUAUCUCGCAGACGUUCGCCAAGGGUCUGACGAGCAGCUUCCUUCAGAACGGUACGGCGACCGAGCUGCUCAACAAGGUAGGCGGAUCGAUGAACAUGAACCAGAACGGUGGAGGGAUUCCGGCGACCAUUAAGUUCAACGGCAUGGACAUCCAGGUCAGCAAAGUCGCGCAGGGCUUCGCUCGUGGGUUCCUUCAGGGCGCGGGCGAUGCGAUCCAGGGCAUGGGCGGGGUGCAGUCUCUCUUCGAGGGCAACGCCACCAUGCCCACCGGCGCGAUGCCCGAUGCCAAGCUCCAGUUCGACGACUCGCUCGGCGGCGCUGCCAGCGGGUUCGGAGUCGGAAUUGGUGGUCAAGGUGUUCUCGUUGCGUAUGGACUGGCUAGCAAGCCGCGAGGAAACACACAGCCUGCAGCGAAUGCGCCGGCGGGCCCGGCUGCUCGCACACCCGCCCAACGCCGCGAUGUCGAACUGGUCUCGAGACAGGAUCCCCCGCCAGUAGUCUCAGUCAACGCCACUGAAGGACUCAACCUGUCCGUCGUGAUCAACGCGCAGACCGUUUCGAUGGCUGCUCAAGCUGGUGUCAACGCUCUUACCUGCCAGGGCGUGGGCGGCUUGGGCCUCAUUGGCUUCGGACUGAUUCGUAGCAAGACCAUCGCACUGGAUUCCUUCAACAAUGGCAACGUUACGAAGACUGCAAAGCAAGUGAUUCCGACUGGAAUCAUUAAGAUCUCCAAUGAGGGGCAUUCGUACGCUAUUGACGGACAGGUGAUCCGAGACUCUCUUGGACACUCGAUUAUCAAUACUGCGAAUGGCAUUGAAGUCAACGGAUUUAAGCUCCCAGGCUGGAUCGCCUUCUUGGUUCUUCACAUCCUCUUCGCCAUAAUCGCUCACAUCAAUAUCCUUCCUUUGGCCAUCGGGCUGGAGCAUAUGCGCAACCUCCUCCUCCGCAUCAACGCCCCUCCAAUUCUGCAAAAGAUCGAAAAAUGGAACAACAUUAUGUGGCUAUUCGUUAUGGGCCCUUCAGUGGUUGUGGUUCUCAUCUUUGGCAUACUCGUGACCGCGAAGUCUUCUCACUUUCGCACUGCUCACGGUAUCAUAAGCCUCUUCACGACCCUAGUUGGUCUGGCAGCCUUAUUGAUGCACCUUGCCAUCAAGGCCCGCGCCCCGCCUCAACUCCCAAACACCUCCCGCUCCGCCCCUACGCCACCAGCGCCCCUCCUCAGCCUUCCCAACAUCCGCGUCAUGAUCAACCAGCUCUUCCUGAUUCUCUCAUUCGCCUCUGUCAUCACCGGAUUCGCCGACCUCAGCUCCGUGGCUCUGUGCUUUACGCAAGUUGUUCCUUUUGAUUUGGCGCUGGUCAUCGGAUUCAGUCUGUCUACGGUCUUCGUCCUCGGGUCCACAGUCUCGGGACUUGACAUUGCGCUUACGAUUCGGGACUUUUUGAAGCAUAAGAAGGCCCUGAAAGGCGGCGAUAAGACCGAUGCAGCUGAAAGAGGCGCGGAGAGAGGCGGUGUCAUGCAGGGUAAGAUAUCCCAGCCAACAAUGGUAGACGAGAAGGGCGCGUUUGCAUAG